AGCACGGUCUGUGGUGCUGAGUCUCCCCUUCUCUCUCUCUCUCUCUUCUUUCACUCUGUCGCUCUCUCGCUUUGCUGUCUUACACACACACUCUCUCUCUCUCGAACACACCCUUACACAGCCCUCAUUCCUUCACACUACUGCAGACAUGGUCGAGGCUUUUGUGGGCACAUGGAACAUGAAGGAGAGCGAGAAAUUUGAUGAAUACAUGAAAGAGCUGGGUGUGGGCUAUGCUACACGUAAAAUAGGCAACAUGACCAAGCCCACCACCAUCAUCUCAGUGGAGGGCGACAAGGUGACAGUGAAGACCCAGAGCACCAUUAAGAACACAGAGCUCUCCUUCAAGCUUGGAGAGGAGUUUGACGAGACCACCGCCGAUGACAGGAAGGUUAAGUCCAUUGUAACAGUAGAGGAUGGGAAGUUGGUGCACAUACAGAGAUGGGACGGCAAAGAGACCAGCCUGGUCAGGGAAGUCAACGACAACGCCCUCACACUGACUCUCACAAUUGGGGAGGUCGUUUGCACACGUCGCUACGAGAAGGCACAGUAAAACGUAACACUGAAACCUCCCUCCAGCAUCUACUUGCAUCAACUAAAGCCCUGCACCCCACCUCAUCCCAGGCCAAGCAAACCACUCAUAUGGCUGCUGCCACUUCCCUUCAGUGUCCCUCAUACUGUACACUCAGUAUUAACAUUACUGAUGAAUGUGACCUCUUUUUUCUCCCUCUCCCUCUCUUUAUACUGUUGUUCCUUUUACUGUAAAAAAAAACAAAACACUGAAUAAAUUCCAAUGAUUUGUUGUUGUUUUCUUUCUCUAAAAUUGCAGGUCUGUAUUUUUUUUUUUUUUUUUUUUUAGAAAAUGUGUUAUGCAUGGUGCCUGUUAAACCUGGAAAAGUGUUUGAAUUAAAAACAAAUUGCCUCUUGAGGCCUGGAAAUAAAAGUGUCUACACUGUUGGACAAACAUGUAAAACAACAA